AUGGAGCUAAACCGUCCUCCUGCUAGACUGCAAGGCACCAGAUCCACGCCCACAUCGUCACGAAACCCCCUGAGACAACAGACAGUGCCAUUGCCUCCCUUACCAAAGCGACAGCAAUCCAUCCUAUCGCCGCCGGUGAAAGCUCGACCAAAGACGCACAUUGCCAUCAACACAAGGGCAGCAUCCGCACCAACAUUGGUUCCUCGAGUCAAUGUGCUGCGUGAAUCUCGUCUCCACCAGACAUUUCAGUACAAUGCAAACUCAACAGGACGCCUUCGUUCACACAGAGUGGGAUAUGCUGUGUAUGGACCUAUUCAUGGCCAUCCGGUGUUUGUCAUUGGAGGCUAUGGAUGCACACGCAUGGUUGGUAUCAUGUUUGAAGAACUAGCGUUUCGUUAUGGUCUGAGAAUGAUUUGGCCCGAGCGUCCAGGGUAA